CGUAAACCCAGUUUGAUCCCAAGUAAUAUUGUUGUCUACUUAAAUAUUGUAAAGUGAAGGCUAGUAGUUCCCAUUACUCCAAGACAAUAAACCAAAUGUAUUAGAGUACAACGAGAUAAUUUGUUUCUACAGGCUGCAGACACAUGGGAACAAAAUGAUGUCCAAACUCAUGAGGAUUUUGUUGGCCAUCGUCAGCCGCUCGCUGUUCACGGCACACGGGGUCUUGCUGGUAUGGAGAGUGGUCGAGGAGAAAAAGAACAGUCUUUACUGGAUGCUGCUGAUUGGGCUAAUUCUGGUAUAUGUGGAUAUGGCGGUCACACUCACUAUCACUGAGAAAGGAGAGUGGAAAUGGUUUUCCCCCACGGUGUUUCUGUAUUUGAGUUCUACCAUCCCUUCUGUUUUUUUGUUGGAACUUGAUUUUCUAGAAGACAGAGCCCUGGUCAGAAACUCAACUGUGAAUCAGACGGCCGUGGCCGAGGAUAUGAUCUUCAAUGAACCUUCGCAGUGGCUGGAAGCACUGGAGCAGACUAUGAUGCUUGUCUUGGUAAUAGGACGUUGGCUCAUGCCAAAGGGGGAGAUGAACAGGGACCAGCUUACACAGCUUCUGUUAAUCUACAUUAGCUUGGGUGCUGACAUAUUGGACAUACUACAAUUAAUUAAAGAACCGGCGGUGGAGACCAAUCGAAAUGUAGUUAUCGUGGGACUAUCGCUCUACGGCUGGGCACUCCUGCAGUUCACGUUAGUUCUUACCCAAACCAACUCGUCGCAGUCCCAGAAGGAAAAUGACUUCCCAGAUUUGCAGGAUGCCCCUGCCGUUGAUGAAAGCGAUGGCUCCCCGUGUUGUACAAACGAAGUGUGGAGUCUGAUCACAGCGGUGGGCAUGCAGGACGGACCCUUCCUGGUUUUCCGUCUUUACCUUGCAAUUAAAGAGGGAAUAAUUAAUGAACUGAUGAUAUUUUUUAUCUGUAAAAACAUUCUGACGGUCACUAUAGAAAUAUACAGGAUCGUUGUGGUGCAUACCAAAUAACAAUUUAUAAAAAAUAA